UUUUUCGAAUAAUAUCUUCCGUAACGUGUUCGCCUCGUCGACAAACUCUUUCCCCGGCGAGGGUAACUGGCGGCGAUGGAGAUCCUGAGGUCAAAAUGGGUAGCCAUGGCGGCUAGCAUCUGGAUACAGUGCGCAAGCGGCGGUUCCUACACAUUCGGAAUCUACUCCGCCGUUCUAAAAUCGACCCAAUCCUACGAUCAAUCCACCCUCGACACCGUCUCCGUCUUCAAAGACAUCGGCGCUAACGCCGGAGUUUUCUCCGGCCUUCUGUACACAUACGUCACCUCCAAUCGCCGCCGCGGACGCGGAGGAGACAGCGGAGGUCCUUGGGUGGUGCUUGCUAUCGGAGCGAUUCAGUGCUUCGCCGGUUACUUUCUCAUGUGGGCUUCCGUCACCGGAAUCAUCAGGAAGCCCCCUGUGGCUCUCAUGUGCCUCUUUAUGUUCAUAGCGGCGCAGUCGCAGACGUUUUUUAAUACGGCUAAUGUUGUGAGUGCUGUGGAGAAUUUCGCUGACUAUGGUGGUACUGCCGUUGGCAUCAUGAAGGGUUUUCUCGGUCUAAGCGGAGCGAUAUUGAUUCAACUGUACGAGACUCUGUGCGGUGGAGAUCCGGCGAGCUUCAUUCUUUUGCUGGCUGUAACACCAACAGUUCUCUCCCUCUUGGCCAUGCCUUUAGUCAGGAUCUAUGAGACCAGCACAGCUGAUGAUAAAAAGCAUUUAAAUGGUCUUUCAGCUGUAUCUCUUAUCAUUGCUGCUUAUCUGAUGGUCGUUAUCAUUGUUAAGAACACCUUUGGUUUGUCGUCAGUGGCUAAUGUUGUCACACUUGUAUGUCUCAUCCUUCUCCUUGCCUUGCCUCUACUCAUUGCGACAAGAGCACGUCGUGACCGCAUGGAGAAAACAGCGUUGCCUGAUAAAUCCCCUCUCAUAAUCAGUCCAAAAGCAGUAACUUCCGUUAACCAAAGCUCUGAAGGAGACAGACAAGUAGAAGCUGGUCUGAGCGAGAACCUGAAUCUUCUGCAAGCUAUGAAAAGCCUAAGCUUCUGGUUGUUGUUUCUCGCCAUGAUCUGUGGAAUGGGGUCUGGACUUUCGACAAUAAACAACAUCCGACAAAUAGGUGAGUCUCUUCGGUACUCAUCCGUUGAGAUAAACUCACUGGUCUCCUUGUGGAGUAUAUGGAACUUUCUUGGUAGAUUUGGAGCCGGUUACGCCUCAGAUGCAAUGCUUCAUAAGAAAGGAUGGCCUCGUCCAUGGCUAAUGGCUGCAACUCUUGGAACCAUGACCAUAGGCCAUCUAAUCAUAGCCUCUGGUUUUCAAGGAAACCUUUACGUCGGUUCUGUUAUAGUUGGCGUUUGUUAUGGUUCACAGUGGUCGCUGAUGCCUACAAUCACCUCUGAACUGUUCGGAGUUCGCCACAUGGGAACCAUCUUCAACACCAUAUCCAUAGCCAGUCCCAUCGGUUCGUAUAUCUUCUCUGUAAGAUUGAUCGGUUAUAUCUACGACAAGACUGCUUCUGGGGAAGGGAAUAAAUGCUUUGGCUCUCACUGCUUCAGGCUGUCCUUUGUUAUAAUGGCGUCUGUUGCGUUCUUUGGGUUUCUUGUUGCUAUAGUAUUGUUCUUUCGAACAAAGACGCUCUAUCGACAGAUCCUUGUGAAGAGGCUGCACCGUCGAUAGGAUACUUGUGAAUAUGAUACUUUGGAAAACGAAUAUAGAGCGUAUGAUACCCAAAGGUGUACAUCUAUCACUUUACCUUAUAUAAGUUGUCUGUAACUUAUGUUUGUAUCAAUUGUCUGUGUUUAGAGAUGGGAAGGAAGAAGGCUGAGAGAUCUCUGUCUCCCUUUUUUGUAGUUUCUUCCACAAUUUGUGAAUCUUGUUUUGUGAAGUGUACAGACAUUCCUUCCAAUAAAUGUUGAAAUUUCUCUUUAA